AUGCGCAGAACUAUCUCCGCUACAGACGACGAAUGCCCCUACACCCAAAAGCUUCAAAAGCUUCUCCCCGGCGAUGUGUCCAAGUUCACCGAGUUUGCAAGAGUCUACCUCUCCAUGCCAGCGCGGCUGAGGGACGAGAAGGAGGUUGACAGCGACAGCGACAGCGACAGCGAUGCAGACGAAGACGGGGAGGAUCUGAUAGUUGAGGACUAUGACAAGUCCGAUUCUGAUAGCGAGUCAGAGGAAGACGACGACGACGACGCGGACGCCUGA